AAUAGAGCAUGUGGUGGCAGGGCCGCGUCGCGGUUUGGGCGGCCGGGAAGGGGACAGGUCUUGUCGAUUGCCCUCGUCCUGUCCUGCUGGAGUUCUGAAUUCCCGAAGGAGUAGGCCUUCGGCGUUAGAGAGCUCCCGGAUGCCUGGGUGGGGCCGGCUCUGCUGACUGCGGUGGGGCUCAGCGGGAUCCUGAUUCGGAAACAGAGGUCUCUAUCUUGGCUUUCCCCAAGACACACUUUGGGAAAUUCUGUUAUGAUGUCUUAUGGAACAACAGAGAAGAACAUUUCAAGAAAGAAUCUGCUUAUAUGUAAGAGAAGUAAAAAUGUCGGAUGACAUCAGGAAAAGGUUUGAAUUUCCAAAUUCUCUUAUCCAGUCACAGGCUGUGGGUCAUCUUAUUGCUGCAGUUCUAAAGGAAAACAGCUUUUCAGAAAAGAUCCACCAGUGCACAAACCAGACUCCUGCCUUGAACUUGCUAUGGGAGAAGUGUUGCAGCGACAAUGUCGUAGUUCGAACAGCUUGCUGUGAGGGUCUGGUGGCCCUUGUCGCUCAGGAUCACGCAGAGUUCAGCUAUGUUCUCAAUGGGAUUCUCAACCUGAUUCCAUCAACCAGAAAUACACAUGGCUUGAUAAAAGCCAUUAUGAAACUAUUACAAAUGCAAGCUGUUAAGGAAGGACACAGUGGGGAGAAGAACAUUCGGGAUAUAUAUAAUAUUAGAAACCAUCCUCAGCCUUUGAUCACUGUUCUUGAGCACAGACCUGAUUGCUGGCCAGUCAUUUUGCAGCAGCUGACAGCUUUUUUCCAGCAAUGCCUUGAAAGGUCUGAAGUUUCAUGUAUCCAAAUUAUGGCGCCAUUUCUAUGGUAUCUAUAUUGUGAACCAUCCCAGUUACAAGAAUAUGCUAAACUCCGAUUAACUCUGCUCAAAGUCUUACUUAAACCCCGGGUCCCUUGUGACAAAGAACAACCAUCAGUGCUGGAACAACAGAUACUACAGCUGUGUUGUGACAUGGUUCCAUGUUUGCAGAUCAAAGAUUUGAUACAGACAACAGAAGUGAUGCUGUUUAUUGAAGAAGUAUACAUAAACCUUUUGCGUUAUCCUGUUUUCUGGAAAAUUCAGCUUACCCAGCUGACCCUUCAGCUGCUGUGUGUCUGUGAAGUCAGCUUAAACAUAACUGGGGAAUGUUCAUCUUUAAUUCACCUUUUAGAGCACGGUGUUGAACUUCUGAAGGAGGAUUUUCCUGUUGAACCAGUCAUAAUUGGAAUAGCUUUACUACUUCUACAGACUCCAGCAAGUCAACAGAAGCCAAUCUUAAGUCUAGCUCUGAAGCUCCUUUCUUCUGCUGAGAGUCAGAAGAUCCCAAAGUCCUCGUUGCUGCUAGUGAUGCCAGUUCUGCAGAUACUGUCUUCUACUGCCUUGGAAGACUGUAUAUCCAUGGAUGAAGAAGGUCCUUCUAGGCAGCAGUUGGCUCUAAACCUUUUAGAAAUGGUACAGCAGGAGUGCUAUAGAGACGAGCACCAAAAGCUCUCCUACAAGCUUGUGUUCCCCAUAACCAGCAUGUAUGGUUCAAUAUUUACAGCCUGGAGGAUCCUUGAAGUAAUGAGAGAAGAGUCUGCGGCAAGUAACUGGCUGGCUUCCGUGGAGUCGUUGCUCCCUAUAACCACAGUGAUCCCUGCUCAUGUUUUUCUUCUGCUGGCUUACCUCCUUGUUGAAGAUAAGGGACGAAAUCUUCACCAGAUACUGAAGGUCACUACAGAAUUAGCCCAAGCCGAUUCCUCUCAGGUACCGAAUCUGAUUCCAGUUUUGAUGUUCAAGUUAGGAAGACCACUGGCACCUGUGUUAUACAAUGAUAUCUUGUAUACCUUACCUACACUUGGUGUUCACAAGGUGUGCAUAGGACAGAUUCUACGAGUAAUUCAACUUCUUGGAACCACUCCACAACUAAAAGCUGUCACUUUGCGCUUGUUGACAUCUUUGUGGGAAAAACAGGAUCGUGUCUAUCCUGAGCUGCAGCGUUUCAUGGCCAUGUCCGAUGUGCCCUCCCUGUCUGUGGGCAAGGAAGUCCAAUGGGAGAAACUAAUUGCUAAAGCAGCAUCGAUCAGGGAUAUAUGUAAGCAAAGGCCAUAUCAGCAUGGUGCAGAUAUGUUGGCAGCUAUUUCCCAGGUGUUAAAUGAGUGCACUAAGCCUGACCAAGCUACUCCAGCAGCCUUGGUGUUACAAGGUCUUCAUGCACUCUGCCAAGCUGAGGUGGUUUGUAUACGCUCCACUUGGAAUGCUCUCUCCCCAAAGCUGAGUUGUGACACAAGACCUCUCAUUUUGAAGACCCUCAGUGAACUGUUUUCUCUGGUUCCUUCCUUAACAGUCAAUACAGCUGAAUAUGAGAAUUUUAAAAUUCAAGUCCUCAGCUUCCUCUGGAACCAUACUCAAAACAAGGACCCAGUUGUCGCAAAUGCUGCCUAUAAAUCUCUGUCACACUUUGGUGCCGGGGACCACACGAUUCUUCAUCUGCCUCAAGAGGUAAGACCAGAAAUCCAAACUCCUGAUGACCUAGAUGAAGAUGAAGAUGAAGAGGGUGAUGAAAAAGAGGUGGAUCUUUCCAUUCCUGGCUCCUGCUAUCUCAAACUUUUGUCACUCACAGCUCCUUCAGUUUUACCAGCUUUGGAGGAAUUUUUUACAUCACUUGUGAAGCAAGAAAUGGUGAAUAUGCCCCGUGGGGUGUAUCACUCUGCAUUGAAAGGAGGUGCCCGCUUAGAUCAAGGAAAGACUGUAGCAGGAAUACCCAAUUUUAUGUUGAAGAUGUAUGAGACAAACAAGCAGCCAGGUUUGAAACCUGGCCUUGCGGGUGGUAUGUUAUUUUGUUAUGAUAUUUCAAUGUAUCAGAGUAAAGAUGGCAAACCAUUGAAUCGACUGAUGGCCAGUAGAGGGCGAAGUUUCAAGCAGACCUUACUUGCUCUAGUGCAUGAGGUUCAUAUCCAGCUUUCCGAGUGGCACCGGGCAAUUUUUCUCCCCCAGGCCUGGCUCGCGUAUAUGACUCGUGCUUAUCAUGCCAUUUUACAGGGGAGGAUAGGAGAACUGGAAUUGCAGUUAAAACAUGGAAAAGAAGGACCUGAAGAGGUGCAGUACAAAAAAAACACAGCCUGGCUCUGGGUUCGAGACAUGUUGACUGAUGAAGUCACCAAAGCAGCUGCAAAAGACAGCCCAGUGGUCAAAGGCAACGCGCUGUUAGCCUUAAGCAGCCUCGCUGUCGUUGUUUCCAAACAUGAAGCCAGCCUCUGCUCAGACUCUGACGGAGUCCUGGAGGUUCACCCUCAUUUCCUGUCAGUGAAAGAUUGGGUUACCAUGGUGUUUGAUACCCUUCUGGUCAUUGUUGAUAGCCACUACCAACCCAGAGGACAAUUUUUCUCCUCAUUUUAUCAUAAAUCCUAUUCCGGUGAAAACACGGCCAGUGCCAUUGCCCGUUCCACGGCCGCCACGGCUUUGUCCUUCCUUGUGCCAAUUUUCAUUAUCUCUUGCAAAGAGAAGGUUGAGGAAAUCCUGAACAUGCUGACUGCCAGGUUACCUGGGAAACCAAGCGCUGAUGAGUCUCAAGCCGUGCAAAUCCACACGGGCCUUGCACUGGGGAUGUUUCUCUCUCGCUUGUGUGAGGAGAAACUCAGUGAUAUAUCUAGCCAACAGAUGAACCUUCUUCUGAUGAAGUCUUUGGAUGCCCUGGAAAACUGCUGCUUUGACCCUAGUCUUGAAUACAACACGGGCUGCAUACUGGGAGUUGGCCUCGUCCUGUCCCUCAUGAGUCACAGCGGCCAGACGGAGUCCCGAGUUCACGUGGCAGCCUCGCUCCGGAAGCUCUCCGCAUACCUGGAUGACAGUGGGAGCCAGAGCAGAACCUUCCAGGAGGUCCUUGCCUAUACCCUCAGCUGUGUAUGUACAUCUGCGUUCAGUGCUGGCAUCAUUGAGGCAGUGGAGGCUGAAGACAUCAUGAACAAGCUUCGACUGUUAGUGGACAACAACCAGCAGACUUCAGGUUUUGCCCUGGCAUUAGGAAACGUAAUUCACGGCUUGUCUGUGUGCGGACAUGGAAAAGCUGAAGACUUGGGGAACAGAUUGCUUCCGGCCUGGAUCAAAACUGUCCUAACAGAGGGCUCUCCCACAAUGCUUUGCUUGGCAGCUCUUCAUGGCAUGGUGGCCUUGGUAGGCUCCGAAGGGGAUGUAAUGCAGCUGAAGUCAGAAGCCAUCCAGUCCUCUCAGUUUCAAGGCAGACUUAAUGAAGUCAUUAGAACUUUAACUCAGGUCAUCAGUGUGUCUGGGGUGAUUGGUCUUCAGUCAAAUGCCAUCUGGCUUCUAGGACAUCUUCAUCUGUCUACUCUGUCCUCAAAUCAAAGUAGAACCUCGGUUCCUACUGACUACAGCUAUUUGCCUGAAAGCAGUUUUAUUAGAGCAGCCAUUGGCUUCUUCGUUACAGGAGGAAAAAAAGGUCCUGAAUCUGUGCCCCCUUCCCUUCUCAAAGUUGUGAUGAAACCUAUAGCAACUGUUGGAGAAAACCACCAGUAUCCUCCUGUGAACUGGGCUGCUCUCCUCUCUCCACUUAUGAGGCUAAACUUUGGUGAAGAGAUUCAGCAACUGUGUCUUGAAAUUAUGGUGACCCAGGCACAGUCCUCCCAGAAUGUCACUGCACUGUUGGGAAUGUGGGUGAUGCCACCUCUGAUCCAUGGUCUGAGUCUGAAUGUCAAGAAAUACCUUCUCCUAUCUGUGCCUUCAUGGAUAAAAUAUGUCUCUGAUGAACAGAUUGUGGGUUUUGUUGAAAGCUUAAUGGUGGCAGUUUUUAAAGCAGCUUCCCCACUCUCCAGUCCUGAGUUACGCCUAAGUGCCUUACAGGGCCUGAGUCAGGCCAUGAAGCUGCCCAGCCCUUCCCACCACCUCUGGAGUCUGCUCAGCGAAGCUACUAGGAAAAUUUUUGACCUCCUGCCAAAUAAGAUUCGGAGAAAUGAUCUAGAGCUGUAUAUCAGUGUAGCAAAGUGCCUCUCGGAAAUGACAGAUGAUGAAGCCAAUCGGGUUGCCCAGAUUACUGAGAGUAGCCUAGAAAAGGCUGCCUUUGUCAGACUCUACUUGGUCUCUCAAGGACGAUUCCCCUUGAUGAGCUUGACCGAUGUGCUCAGUGUUGCUGUCCGGCACCGUGAAAAAGACACGCUGGCUUGGAUGACGCUGCAGAGCUUGUACCAGGCACGGAUCGUGAGCCACGCCAACACUGGCGUGUUGAAGAGAAUGGAGUGGCUCUUGGAACUGAUGGGUUAUAUCAGAAAUGUUGCUUACCAGUCAACAUCUGUUCAGAACGUGGCUCUUGAUGAGAACAAUAAUAAUGAAACUGUUGGGCCUUCUCUACUCACGAAAGAGGAUCCUUCAAACCUUCUGAAACCCCAGACUGUCUCUUCAUUAAGCAUCGACACGGCUCUGGACUUCUUGCUGCUGAUAUUCGCAGCCGCAGUGGUUGCAUGGGCAGACCACGCUGCCCCUCUCCUCCUAGGCCUCAGUGCCAGCUGGUUGCCAUGGCAUCAGGAACAUGGCCCAGCUGGGCCAGCAUCAAGCUUGCUUGGCAGGAGUCCAUUACACAGGGUCACUCUGCAGGAGGCUCUCACUCUCCUUCCCAGUAGCAUGCCUCUUCUGCUGCAGAAAGAGCCGUGGAAGGAACAGACCCAGAAGUUCAUUGACUGGCUGUUCAGCAUCAUGGAAAGCCCUAAGGAAGGACUCUCAGCAAAAUCCAAGGAUCUUUUAAAAGCUACCCUGCUGUCCUUGAGAGUGCUCCCAGAGUUUAAGAAGAAAGCUGUAUGGACCAGAGCCUAUGGUUGGUGAAGAGCUUCGCAGUAGCCAGCAGCAUUCUCAGCUGGAUGAGGAAAACCAUAUAGGCAGAAGGAAUUUUUCAGAAUUCGUGUCUGGGAUUGCUGAGACAUGAUGCAGAGAGCUCAAGGGCAUGACAGGGUGGCCACACAACUCACAGUUUGGACAGUGCAUGCCUGGAGAGGCUGCUUUGGUACCCAGGCCAGUUGAGACUGAAAUAAGAACCUGAAUUUUAUUUGGCUGAGAUCUGAAGGUUUUCUUUUGUGAAAAUUUGACUAUAUCAUCUCCUCCCUGCUAAAUUCUAGUAAAACAAUCUUGUGAAA